AUGGCAACAUACAAAUCUCCCAGGAAGUUUGUUAACCUACUAUCUCCGGCAGUCGAGUUCAUUCAACAUUUAACCAGAAAGAAAAAUCAUGUUUCGUUGUUUUUUGCUGCUGUGGACUUGAGGUUCGAAGUCGAGCCGAAGGACUCGAAAACAAUGACCGUGAACAUACUUGGGAACCUAAUCUCGGGAAGCUACAAAACUGUCACAGCAACAUUCACCGUUGGGGAAGGCAUGACAAAAACAAAUAAUAAUACAUUCACCGUUGGGGAAGGCGUGACAGCUAGCUGCCUCACGUACACCUUUGAAUUCGAGAAGAUUAGAAAUAACAUUGAAGAUGCAAAGAUCGUUGAAUCUCUAGUCACGUACAUCCGUUUAAGCGAUAUCAGCUAUGUUAGGAAAGUUAAGUACAACUCCAUUGACGCUGGGUAUCCGGCGGAAGAGUGCUUCAAAGUUUUCGUCAACGCAUUUAAAGAUGACCAUGAGGUGGAGAUGGGUGGUGUGGAUGGGCAGAGAAGGACAUUUGCGAUCAACUUUCCUUCCAUGAUGGAAAAUUUCAAGACGACCGAAGUAACCAUCACUGUUAUUCCUAAGAACAAAGAUAGCCGCGUGAAAUGGACCAUCAAGGUCGAGAAGAUUGAUGAAAAAACCGAAGAACCAUACUCGUUCUUAUCCAUUGCCUGUUCUAUCCGUGAGACUAUCCAGAGCAAGUUUCCUAAAUAA